AUGGAACUCGGGAAAUGCCCGAGACGGUGUACUGGACAAAAGUUCUGUGAGUGGCAGAACUGGGGCGAGUGGAGCCAAUGCACCGCAGAAUGCGGCAAAGGAGGCAAGCGACGACGACGCCGCUACAUGACACUCACAGAGGAGGCCAAGAGUGAGUUGCCGUCCUAUGUUUCGAAUGUCAUGAUGCACUAUGAAAAGGUGCGCCUUCGGGCUCAGGAUCUGGAAUCUCGAGAAAUCAUCGACAUCUUUGGUUCCUUUGUGGCCGGCUGCAUCUCUUUGUCCAUGGUGGUGCUUGGCGUGCGCCUCGUAGGGCGUCUGCGCAGCCACCGCAGUGCGCAAGUAGCCUACACCGCCGUGGAGGCAUGA